AUGGCGACUGCAUUUGAUUUAUUUGAUGAAGUUUUACAUGCAUUUGAUAAUUCACAUCGAAAUGAAAUGACAUUUAUUGAAUUACAUAAUAUAUUAAUCAAUCGAAAUAUAGAUAUAACGACUGAUGAAUUAAUUCGAGUAAUUCGUUCGCCAAGUCUUUUAAAUCUUUUUAAUCUUCAAUCUAUAUCAAAUGAUUUAUAUUUAAUACAAUUGAAACCAAAAUUAACUCUUUGUGAAGCUUGUUUACAAAAAGGUUGUAAAAAUAAAAUGAAAUGUACAAAAUUACAUUUAUGUCGUUAUAUAUCUCAUUUUUCAAAUAAGCCACUAGAAAAACCUUGUUAUUAUCCACAUAAACUUAGUGAUCAUAUGAAUAAUAAUAUUCUAUUACGACGAUUUAAUUAUGAUAUAUUAAAUGAAAAUCUUCUUCUUAAUUUACUUCGUCAUUAUUAUAAAAUGAAUCAUGAACAAUCUCGAAUAGAAAAUCAUAUUAAUUCCAAUCGAUCAUUAUCUUCUCAAUCUAGUCGUAUUAAUUCAAAUAAUAUUCAAGGAAAACAACGAAUUUUACAAUCUGUUCAAUCAAGACCAUUAUCACAACUAAAUAAAUCAUCUAUAUUAAUAGAUAAAGCUAUUGAACGACAAUUAGAUAUUAGUAUUCCAUCAGAACAAGAUGCACCAGAUAUUGAUCUUGAAAUUAUUGAACUUAUUUUAGCAACAAAAAAUAUAAUUAUCGAACGAACAUUAGAAAAACAAGUGUCAAAUGAAUUCUAUCGACGAUAUACAUUACAAUUUAACAAUAAACAAGUUAUUGAUAAUAUACUUCAAAAUGAACCAAUUAUAAUGUAUAAUAAUAUACCAAUAAAAAUGAAACGAACUAUACGACAACAAGAUAAAAAAAUAUUUGCACUUAAAUUUAAAACUAAUCAAAAAAUUGAUAGUAUACGAUUAAAUUUAUAUGUUGAAACACUUGUUGGAAAAGUUCAUCCAAAUAUAUUUGAUAUGACAAACGAUGAUAAUGAUGAACAAAUAUAUCUUAUUCGAUGUGAACAACCUAUUGAUUUCGAACAUUUAUAUAAAGUACAUUCAGCAAAAAAUACUUUACAAGGUUAUCGUAUAACUAUUCUUAAAGUAUAUGAAACAGAAUCUCUUGAAGUUUCAUUUGUAAAUGAUUCAUAUCAUAAAUCAAUGAGUAUAUCACGAUUACGUCAAUUAAUUGGUGAACAUCGUUGGCAACAAGAUGUUUUUGCUUGUCUUUGUAUUCGAAAUCAGACUAGUGCUGAAAUUGAAUUAAUAAAUGCUGAAGUCACAGCAAAAUGGUUAUCAGAAGCAAAUAGAAUCGAAGAAGAUAUGUCUCUUGCUAUUCAUCCGAUUAUUGAUUUUAUUCAAUCAUCGGAAAAAAAUGAAGAUGAUGGUGAUGAUGAAGAAAUAAUAAAACUAUUUACUACAUCAAAUAUAUCUUCUCCUUUAAGUGUAUCAAAUGAUUCACAAAAAAGUGAAAAUGAAUCUGGUCUUUAUACAAUUAAAUCUGAUUGGCGUAUUGUUCUUACACAUCCAGUAUUUGGUGAUGAAUAUAGAAAAUAUAUUCGUGAAAAUUUAAAUAUUUCUGCUAAUAUAACUGGUUCAUCAAUUCAAGUACCUAAUGAAUAUAUUCGUAAAGAAUUAGCUCGUUAUACAAAUAUGUUUAUUCAAAAAUUUAUCUUUCAAGAAUUAAGUAAUUUAGAUAAAAUACAAGUUAAAAUAAUAAAAAAUAAUUAUUCAAGAAUGGCACAUAAAUGGCAAAAAGAUACAAAUACAACAUUAAUUGCUGCACGUCGUGAUAUUAUGAAUGAAAUUUUUCCAAGUCUAUCUUCAUCUAGUCGACAACAAAAUAAAUUAAUAUCUACACCAAUAUUUUCAAAUAAACAAUCGCCAACUUCUAGAAAACAAGAACAACAAUUAAUAUCACCAAUUAAAGAAACACUUAUAUCUCAAACAAAAUCAUCUGAAGAUUAUAGUCAAAUACUUUCUUAUCCAAUUGAAAAUAGUGUUUAUUUUCCUUUUUUUACUUCAUCAAAUCCAUUUUCGGAUCGUCUUACUACUUAUCUAUUAAAUACAUUUAAUGUUAAAUUAGAUAUAAAAUCUAUUUCAUCAGUAAAAAUUAUACUUGAACUUAAAGGUCAACAUAAAGAUAUUUCUGAUGCUCGACCUUCUUUAACAAAUUUAUUUGCAUCAUUAAAAACAAAAAUUUAUUCUGAUAAGAAUGAUUCUUGUAAAUUUUCUAUACCUGAUAUUUAUCGUGUAGUACAAUGUAAAUUUGAUCAAUGUUCAAUUAUAUCAUCAUGUAGUUAUUCAACAAAAAAUAAUGGUAGUUUAUUAAUAAGAUAUUUUGCUAAUAAUCCACAAUUUGGUAUUGAUGAACAACAAAUUGAUGAUAUUAUACAAAAUAAUCUUUUUAAUAUUUCAUAUCAUGUUUUAAUAACAAGUAAAAAACUUGAAAUAAAUUUUGAAGAAUUACAAAAAAAAAUUCAACAAAGAUCUGAUUAUGGACAAGAUAUAUGUUGUUUAUAUAAUUAUCGAAAAGGAUCAACAGAAAGAAUUUGUUUACCUUCGAUACAUUUAUGUGGAACAGAAUCUAUUGUUCGACAAAUUUAUCAAGAAAUUAAAAGAAUUGCUGAUGAAUAUACACCAACACUAUGUAAUAUACAAUUGACAUCAAAUCAAGUUAAUUUUUUAUUACAUAUCUGUUCAGCUGAUUUGAUUAAAUUUGAAAAAGAAUAUGAAACUGAUAAUAUAGAUUUACGAUCAACAUUAAAAAUUGAUACAACAAGUCAAUUUUUAGCACCGAAAUAUUUACAUGAAAAAAUAAAAUUAUUUUUAUUUGAAAUGAGUCAAAUACAAAUGUUAUCAAAAGAUAUUAAAUGUUCAAUACAAUUAAUUAAUAAUAAAAAACAAGAAUUUAAUGAUUUAGCACUUAAAAAUCAUUGUCUACUUUCAAUAACACCAACAUCAUCAUCAUUAUCACAAUCAACAACAUCUAAUCGAAUAAUACCAAACACUACAAAAAUUAGUUCAGGAACAAUUAAUGUAUCAUAUGGUGAUCUAACAACAGAACAAUCUGAAGUUCUUGUGAUUUGUUCAUCAUCUAAGGAACUGCGCGAUUCGGUAAUUAAAGCAGCUGGAAAACAAAUUGUACAAGAACUAAAUGGAAAAGAUCUAAAAAAAGAUGUAACUGAUACGUCUGUUGGCAAUUUAAAACAAGCUAAACGUCUUCUUUUUUUACCUUGGGAACCACCAUCAACACUUAUUACUAAUCAAAAUAUUGAUGCACUUUGUCAAUCGAUUUUGAUAUUUAUUCAACAAGCAAUUCAAUAUACUAUUCAAGAAAAAUUUAAAAGUAUUGCAUUUCCUGCUAUUGGAUGUGGUGGUUAUGGAAUACCAGCAGAUAUAAUUGCUACAAUUAUGAUUGAUUCAGUUCGUCAACAACUCAAUGCUAAUCCAGCUACUCAAUUAGUGAUUACAUUUGUUGUACAACAAUCAAAUGUAUUUGAUGUUUUUAAUGCUAAACUUCAAGAUACAUCGACAAUUACAACUAAUAAUCGUACUCGUUCUUCAUCAUUAUCUUAUUUAUCAAAUCAAGAAAAAUUUAAUAUAAGUCUUAUAACAUCUAAUUUUAAUAUUGAUAUAGCCAAGAAACUAUUAGCAAACAUUGAAAAUAUUCUUGCUUCAUCGAUUUCUACUUAA